UAGCGUUGAUAUUUUCAAAAACGGCGCCGUUGAAUUAAAAAAAUCGCGGCGAAGUUGUUUUCCACUCACAAAUGAUGAAUUAAUUAGUGCUUAUAUUCACUUUCCAACACUACUAGACGCCAUAUUGACAGCGAAAAUGCAAACGGAGAGAACAUGAAUGAGCACACAAAUGCCACAAUAAAGAGAAAAUGCAAAAUUAAAUUAGUGCGCUUAGACAUUCCUUUUGAUUUAUUUAAAUUUUUCCAUUAUAAUUCAUAUUAUUUAAAUAUAAAUUAUGUUUAUUCGUGUUAAGAAAUGAAGUUACUUCGUGUUAAAUAUAAAGUGCAAGUGCAAAGUGUUGAAAAAAGUGGUAAAUUUGAUGUAUGAAAGUAAACGUAAGCCAUAAAAUAUUUCGAAGGGAGGAAGCCAAGCACCAACGGCCAGUUACAACGGGUGUGGAGCUUAGCUGAGCAACAACAAAGAGAAUAACUGCUUUUUUAGUUAUAAGCGGGCUGUGUGCACAUUGGGCGGAGCACAUAGUGGCAGUUCAUACAGCGCAAGUACACAUAUUGCGACAAAAUGUUCUCAAAGAAGAAGAAGAAACCGCUGAUUUCUAUGCCAAGUAAUUUUGAGCAUCGCGUGCAUACGGGAUUUGACAAACGUGAGGGACGUUAUGUUGGCUUACCGUUGCAAUGGGCUUCCAUUGUUGGCAACAAUCAAAUACUAAAGUCAACAAAUAGGCCACUACCUUUAGUGGAUCCCUCUGAAAUAACACCGACGGAAAUUCUUGAUCUUAAGACAAUUGUGCGACCUCAUCACAAUAACAACAAAGCGGAUACGACCUCAUUAAAUAGCAGCAUUACACCGAAUGCUAGUGGAGCGUUAGGAAAUCACCAAACCGCGCAUGCGCACUACUUCACCGAGCAUAACAAUGCGGCAAAUGCUGCAGGUUCGGCAACAGGUGGCAUUAGCCACAACACAGGUGGUAUUGUACUACCGAAAACGUCUCAUGUAGCCCGCUCUAAUUCUUUGCGCAGCUCCAGCCCGCCCCGUGUACGACGGGAUUUGCGUGGCAACGCCAAUGUACCGCCAGCAGUGCCUGAAGAAAGUGCAUCAACUACAGCGCCCACGCCCGUGCCUGGCCAAACAAUCGGUUACGGUGGUUACAAACCACCAAUCAAUGGUCCUGCGACAAAUGUAUCAACAGGUGGCACGGCUGGCUAUGGUAUGUACACGCAACAUAAUACACAGAAUGGGGGCGGUCAUGGACCACUAGCAGUACGCACCGAUUUUAUAGCGAGUCAACAACAACAGCAUCCUACACAGCCACAAUCAGCACUCGGCAACACGACAGCGAUGACUGCCUUACAUUACCGCACGGCGCCACCGCCUCACCAACUUGCGGGAGGUGGGCAGCCACCACAGACUUCUCCAGUAGGUUCAGUAGCUAGCGGGACACGUUCGACGCACUCACAUGCCUCAUCGGCGCACACACAUCCACAUAACAAUAACAAUGGUGGCAGUGGCUUUGCGCCAUAUCAACCUGGCGCCAUACAAUCCGCACAACAUGCUGCGAAACAUUUAGGAGGCGGUGGAGACCAAAAUCAAAAUCCACACCAUACACAUCCGCACUUGCAUGCGAAGUCAGCGUCGCGCGCAUCUAGUUCAAGUGGUGGUGCGAGCGGCGUAGGUAGUGCAGUCGGCGGGGCCAGUGGCCUAGGCGUUGCGCCGCCCCCUAAACAGGAACAGAGGUUGACACAUGAACAGUUCCGUGCCGCUUUGCAAAUGGUUGUAUCGGCUGGCGAUCCUCGUGAAAACCUAGACAACUUCAUGAAAAUAGGUGAAGGCUCUACAGGCACAGUGUGCAUAGCUACUGACAAGUCAACAGGUCGUCAAGUGGCUGUUAAAAAAAUGGAUCUGCGCAAACAACAACGACGUGAAUUGCUUUUCAACGAAGUGGUCAUUAUGCGCGACUACCACCACCCGAACAUUGUGGAGACCUACUCAAGUUUCUUAGUAAACGAUGAGCUCUGGGUCGUCAUGGAGUAUUUGGAGGGCGGUGCGCUCACCGACAUUGUCACACAUUCACGCAUGGACGAAGAGCAAAUCGCUACAGUGUGCAAGCAAUGCUUAAAAGCAUUGGCCUAUUUGCAUUCACAGGGCGUUAUUCAUCGCGACAUCAAAUCCGAUUCCAUCCUACUGGCUGCCGACGGUCGAGUCAAACUCUCAGAUUUUGGCUUCUGUGCGCAAGUCUCGCAGGAGCUACCGAAACGUAAAUCACUCGUUGGCACACCAUAUUGGAUGUCACCCGAGGUAAUAUCGCGUUUGCCAUACGGUCCCGAAGUCGAUAUCUGGUCACUCGGCAUUAUGGUCAUCGAGAUGGUGGACGGCGAACCGCCCUUCUUCAACGAACCGCCGCUACAGGCGAUGCGACGCAUACGCGAUAUGCAACCACCGAAUUUGAAGAAUGCUCACAAAGUCUCACCACGACUCCAAUCGUUCUUGGAUCGCAUGCUGGUACGUGAUCCGGCACAGCGUGCCACUGCCGCGGAACUGUUGGCGCACCCAUUUUUGCGACAAGCGGGGCCACCAUCGCUCUUGGUGCCCUUAAUGCGCAACACGCGGCAGCAUUGAGGGAACGCAGUCGGUCGCCUACAAAUGCAAAUCGAAUAUACAUAUAUGCAAGUAAAACUUAAUUUAGUUAGCGCUACAUCAUUAUCAUUAACUACACAAAGUAAACACAAACCCACACACACACAAACACACAUGCAUAGCCAUAAAUUUAUACAUACAUUGAUUCAUGUACACGCGCUAACAUUUCGGCAACUACUUAAUACGCGAACGAAUUUAAGUAUUACUCAAACAGCAUUUGAAAGUUAUUUAAUUACUUUACUGUAUGUACCGUGAGAAGCGUAUAUUUAACUCCUAACCAUUGUUUAUGCUUUUAAGUUUUGUUUUGAAGUGGUUUAGUUUGUAAAUCCAAAUGUUUUUUUUUUGUUAAACAUUAUUGGCUUAACUACUUUUCUGCCACACAUAGACACAUACACACACGCACAGACUUUUUUUUUACAUUUAUACAUGCGCACUAGCAUUUUUGUUGUGUCCUUAAUACAGUCAAUUGUUUGUUAAUAUGUCCUAAAACAAAAACAAAAAAAUAUUGCUAAUCCAUCAAAGAUACAGUUUUAUUGUAUCCACUAAUUACAUAAGUCCUUAAAACGUACACAAAUGGCAGCUAAAAAUACACGAAUCGAAUAUUUUAUAUUGCUUUCAUAUAAAAAAUUAUGUAAUUUAAAAAAUAUAUGUUUAUGUACCAAUGUACAUAUUGGAAUUAAAAAUUGCAGUGAAAGAAGUUAACAAAUUGAGACAAAAAACAAAAAAAUAUAAAAGAGCACUUCCAAAAUUUAUAGUAAACAAAAAAAUUUAAUUAAAUAACAAAAAUUUUACUUAACUGCGACGAAUAACAAACAAAUGUAAAAUGUAAAUAACUUAAAAAGGAAACGAUAAAAAACACUUUCGAAAAUAAUGCGAUAAUAAGAGAAGAAUAUAAUUAAAAUUACAAUAUAUUUACAAUAAGAAUGAGUAAAGAUCUUUAAACUUCCAAAAUAGGCAAAACUCGAAAUUUUCAAAUACUUAAUUUUUGCUAAAAUGAAAAAUAUUUUUGUUUUUCAAAUUAUUAAUUUUUGCUUUAAAAAAAUGUAUCGUAACUAAAGUGAAAAUGCUUUAAAACCUGAUAAUUGCGCUUUUUUCAAAUUCUUUUUUGCUUGAAAAAAUUUUGUUGUAACUAAAGUGAAAAUGCUUAAAAACCUGUUAAUGUGUGCUUCCCCAAAAUCAAGUAUUUUUUAACAUUUAAAAUACUUUUUUAUUAGCUUUUACAAGUAUUGCAAACAAAAGCAAUAUAAUGUUAAAAAUAAUCUAUACGUGAACAGAUCAUUUUAAAUAACAACAGUGUUACAAAUUAUUUUGGAAACGUAAAUUUUCAAUAUUGUUUUGAUAAUCAACUUAAGUUUUGAUGUACAACAUGAAAAAGGAAUAACAAUUUAUUUUUUAUUUUUUGUAAAAAUUAUGUAUUUUUCAAAACCCAGUUGUUUUCGAACAUAGAGUUUGAAUAAUUCGAAUUUGAGAAUCACUAAAAAAAAAAAACAGUUUUAUUCUGCUGCUUAUUUUGUUUAUUAAUUUUUUUGUGUCGCUAAAAAUUCAUCGAAUAUAAUUUAUUUUAAUUUUAAUGCUAUUACAAAACUGCAAGCCUUAGACAACCGUGACCUUAUAAACGAAGAGAACAGAUAAACAAAAUUAUUCAUUGCAUACUAAUAUCAUGAUAUCAUGUAUUAAAAAAAAAAAACAAAAAUCAUGCACCAAAAAAAUUGAAGCCCAACAUUCCUAAUAUCGAUACAUUUUUGACAAGAAACAAAAAGAAAACCCUAUAACAUUCCUUUUCGAAAAAAAUUGCAUCCGCGCUUCGUUUUUAUUCUACAUUUUUUAUUGUAAUUUGUUGUGAAAUCAUUAUAUGAAUGUGCGGCAUUCAAAAUUUGUGUAUUCUAUAAGAAUGCACACACGCGUUUAAAUGUCGAAGUACAUUUUGUAUAUCAAUUAUUGCUUAUAUAUAUAAUAUAUAUUUAACAAUAUACAUACAUAACUAAUAUAAUAUAAUAAUAUAAAUAUAAAUACAUAGGCAUACAAGCAAGUAUGCAUAUAAUAUCUACAUACAAACAUCGAAUAAAUAUGACGUAGGUUUUAGUUUCUGUUAGCGAAAAAAUGCGUAAAAUGUUGUGCUUUUUUAUUUUUAUUGUAAAGCAACAUAAAAUGCAUAAGCUAAUGAUUUAACAGAAAUAAUUUUUGAAAUAAUGCAUAUUAGUGGGUCAAUGUGUGCACGUCUUCUAUUUUCGAAAAUUCGAACUUACAAAAAGUUCCACAAAAAUUAUAUUAAUACACUCGACAAUUUAAAAAAACUAAUUAGAUAAAAAUGUACAUAGACUCAUUUGGCCUGAGUUUUAAUUAUUGGAGCAUUGAAUGCUAUCUAUGUAUAAUUAAUUAAAAUUUCAUUUUCAUAAAGUAACAAAUGUUAUUAAUACUGCCUGCACAUUUGAAAGUAAAUUUUAACUCAUAAACACCUUGAACCAAAGGUCACUUUGACAUGUUCGAAAAUUUCAAAUUUUAACUGAAAGUAUAUCACUAACCGCCAUUUUGAUAUAUUCGAAAAUUAAUAAGUUAAUUAAAUUAAUUGAAAGAAACAAACGUAAAAUCAGCACAAUUUAUGUACAUGACGAAAAUUUUGAAAAAUAUGAAUAUGCAAGCUCAAUUGUAAAAAUUAUUAGUUGCCAGCUCUGCUUCAAUGUUAAAAUUUAUUCUUGUACAUUUUAAAAUUCGAAAAUUUGCAUGUAAUAACUUUUCAAAAGCUUCUUUUUUGAAAAUAGUAACAAACAGUAUGUUCGAAAUUGCAUAAUAUACUCUAGCUUUAAGUUAUUUUUUUAACCAAUGGUUGAAAGUUCCCUCCGGAUUGAUGCCAUAAACGUAUAUAUGUACCUCCCAGCCCUCAGCGAGCAAAUUGCGUUUUCUGCACACACUACAUGGUUCAGCAAAAGGAUUCUCUACUCUCUCUGCUGCAGUAUGUAAGGAUACAGAGAUCGCGUUUGCAACAUUUAGACGACGCGCUGCUCCUUAGAUCGUAAAUUCAACUCAGUCGCAGACAACAUCCACAACACCACAUCUUCAACUUGAUAUACUGGCAACAUAUAAAAGCGCCGGUCGAUCUGUGCUAAACUACGCUGCUCCAACUUGUACCAUGGAAGCUAGUAAAAUGCCGUGGUGAAACCUACAGAACUAAUUCAAGACACUACUCCUCUCACCACCACUGAAUGACGUUCAACUUAUGUCAUCUGAACACAUCCCGGGUGAUCUGGGGUGCUUCCAUCCAGGCAUCUUCUACUAGGCGGUUAUCUCACCUACUGUCCAAUCAAUCACAAAGUAUAAUAGAGACAUUUUCUUCGCCUGAAAGGAAAAAUACAGUACUCUUGGAGGCUUUACGCGUCGUCUUAGGAGUUCUCCACAUUGGCUAGCUGACAAGAUAUAGAGCUACGGCCGGUCUAUAAUAAAUUAUGAAGCUCAUUUUUGAUUCGCUGGAACGAAAGAAACGCCAUGUUGAAACCUCCAUGCCUGAAACAAAAUGUUGAGCUCCGAUAUCCACUGAAUAAAUGCAUUCUUAUGUCAUGAACGCUUAUUUCUAUCGACAUAUAUUACCUACCAUGGUAGUUUUAACGAUAUAAGAAGAUAUUCAGUGGUAUGGAAAGCGGUGUUUUGUUAGGUGUUUCCGUGACGGCCAACUAGCUCCCGCGACGCUUUAUGAAGUGGUUUAAUUCAUUAUAGACAGACCAAAUGCCUGUUUAUAUUGCCAGUAAAUGAAUGAGGCGGACGCACACCGAAAAGCGCUGUCGGUUUUUGUGCACUACUAAGUCUACCUCUCAAUGAAUGACGUAGAGCUUCUACAAAAAAAAAAAAUGCAAGAGAUAAUGUGCUUUUCAAAUAAUGCUGUAUUUCUGUUUUCAGUUCUCUAAGAAAUAUGUCUCUAUUCUACUCAAGCUUCUUUGUUUUUGUAACUCAGAAGGAAAUACCUGGAUAGAAGUAUAAGUUCCGAUGAUAAAGGAGUGGGCCAGCAAAGAAAGCUACGCGUUGAGAGGUGUAGCGAUUUCCCCACGGUAUAUUACUAGAUCCCCUUAUCCAAUUUGAACAGCACCAGUUACUACAGACCCACCGAAGCUUUUAUAUGUUGCCAACAAACAAAGGGGGGUGGUCGAUGUGUCGCUCUCGAAACAAUGCUUUGUAACACGUAAGCUGCUCCCUCCCCUUUCACUUGGGUCAUUUUGGGAAAGCGUCGCCCUCAUUGACUGGCUUGCAACAUAUACAGACAUCGAUCGAGUUGCAGUAAUCAAAGCUGCGUCCGUUCGUACUUCGGGAACCAUUAAAACGACAUCGUAAAUCCUCUAGAGGUUACCCAAAACCACGCCCCUCUCACCACCACUAAACGAAUACCUUCUUAUGACGUUCCAGCUUCUUUUACACACCACAAAGCAAAAUAGGGAACAUUUUCUAUAAUUGAUAAGAAAGAUUAAGCUCCAUUUGAAGAACGCGUUGACAUGCGAGGCUUAUCUGAAGGCGGUGGAACCUUUGAACAUGACUCAGUUUCCAGCUCAGGUGCCAAUCUACGUAUCGCGAGGUAUUCCCUUCAUUGGCUUGUUGACGGCAUAUAGAGCCGUAAACAUACAGUGGUACGGAAAGCGGCAUUUAUUGGAGGUUUAUCCAAGACGUUCCUUUGGUUUCCGCGUUGCGUUGUAGCGGUUUUGUUUAUCGGAAGCUUAUCCAAGUCAUCUGACCAUUUACUACAAUGCUUCAGUUGCAAAUAACCCUCACUCGGUAAUGCGUUCUUCAAAUGAAGCUGUUCCCCUCUCUUCAGUGUCGUGACAAAAGGAGGUUAGUGGCGGUGAGAACAGCUGUGCUUUUGCCAAUCUAGGGGUUUCUUCUCGACAUUUUACAGGUGUUCCCGGCUUCCAAAGUCCAAACGCUGAAGGCAUAGGUUAUUGCAAACCGAUCGAUGCCUUUAUAGGAGGCUAGCAAAGUAAUGGGCAUGGGCGCUCUCCCAAAAUGAUAAAAACUAGGCGCGUUCCAACGAUGAGCUUCUUGGGGAGAGAAAAUAUGUACGUUUGUGGCAUCGACCCUGGUGAGAGCGCAUCUGCAGGCAGGCUAAACUAUUUGACUUGAUUUAAAAUUUUACAUAGUUACAAUGAAAGGUUAACAUAAAGACAAAAAGGUUUGAAUUGAUCGUGCACUUACUAGUUCUACAGUUAGUAUAGUCAAAAUACUGAUAAUUCUGCUUAAAAGAUACGUAACCAAUAUACUACUAAAAAUAUAGGUUAUAAAUAAUUACCCAUAAAAAAAUAAUAUGAAAUGCUCGAGUGUCCGAGAAUUACAUACAUAAACCAA